CCGACACCGAGCGUCACAACUCUGAGUGAGAAAACGGGAGUGUGACGCCCUACGCGUGUGACUGGCGGGGAUUUCAGGCAGCGGGGAAUCAGCCUCUUCCAAACCCUCAGCAAUGCUGACAGCAAGGUGGACAGACAUGACUGCAGAGCCAGCCGUCGGAGAGGGCAGUGCAGGAGAUAACGAAGCUGACUGGACGGAGUAUUUAUCGGGUGUCAACGCCACAUCGGCUCCCGAGGAGACGGUCAUGGAGUCCCUGUGGCCCGCCGUGGCCGGUCUGGCCAUGGCGCUACUGCUUACCGCAAUUCUGCUGGGAAUCUUCAUCUGGCGCUGCAAGAAGAAAGAGAUCCCCGGGGCAAACAAGAAGGAUCUGUUCAUAGAUGACUGCAUUGCUGGACACAUACCAGCGCCCGUGUUUGAGGACGAUGUCCCUUCAGUAUUGGAGCUGGACAUGGAAGACUUGGACAAAUGGGGAAUGAAGACUUCCUGUGACCGGUACGAGGCGCACGACUGAGCUCUCCCCAAGAGCAGCAGCCAGACGGUAUGACCUCCACAGGAUUCCUUGUUGAAGCAGCCGCACCGUGGCCAAUCAGAUCUGCAGUUUGCCGUGGUAACCGGCAUCAGGGAAGCACGGUGUUCUGAGGAGUAACAUGGCUGCAGGACUUCCUCUGAUCUUAUUUAUGCCUUUGAUUACUGUGACUUCAAUUAAAAAUAAAUGUUUAUUUUUUUGCAUUACAUAAGCCUUUGUCAUAGCAGAGAAGACUCUGCUGAAUUGUAAUGAUACCCAAACCAUUUCAUUGUUUCAAUGUGCUGAUAUUUUUCAUAAAUAAAUUCUUCUGAUGUUUUUGUUUUUCCUGUUAUAAAAUGCACCCCUUCAUAUUUAUGAUGUCCAGGUUUAAGGGAUUUCCUAAACGUAACCUUAAAGCACAUGGAUGGAUGGAACUUUAAAGCACAUGUUCCCACUCCAUAACGCUUUGCCACAUGUCAGUUAUCUUGCUCUGCUAAAGUCUCAUGGAUGCUGUUUUGAAUUUUGAUGUCUGUUCAGUUUUGACUGACUGGAUCCUGAACCUUAAUUUGGUAAAUGGCCAUGUGGAAAUUGUAUUCUUUAGUAGAUCAGUAUACCCCCCCUCCCCACCUUCCUAAACCACUGUGAUGCUUCUGAGCCUGUGCUGUCCGCAGCUUGCCUGUGUGCUUUUAUUCGCUGGCGUAACACAGUUAAGUAGCUGUUCUCCGCUGGUGUGGGCUGGAGACUUCGACAGGCUGGGGUCCCCCUCUGCGGUACUUUGUGGUUCUCAUUCAUUUUUUGAAAUGUUUUUUGUUUGUAGAUUAAAGCGUGUGUUGAAUCUG